AUGAUCAAGCUGUUCAACUUGACGAAGACUUUGCGAGCUUCAUGUACUUUUUCGCCGCUGAUAAGAGGCGAUGUAGUUGGUUUAUUCAAAGGUUGGGGUCCUUUAAAUGACUAGAAAAGUUUUAGUUGUAGUUUGUCCGCCAUUGACGACGUUCUCCCGGAAUUACGCCGACAAGAAACGCGGCAAGAGGAAGUUUGUCGAGGUUGCCGUCGUGAAACCGACGAAAAGCACGAAAAAAGUGGUGGACAUCUGGAAGGACAUCACUGCCAAGUGGGUAAUGAGAGUUCAAAAAUGAAAAAAAAUUCUCAAGUUAAGGAAAAUUCAAAAAGUUCUUUCUGAAGUGUUGAAGGCUUGAGAUCUUAAGGUCAAAAGUCGUUUUUUUUUUGUGUAAUAUUAAGCCAAAAAAAAUUUUUUUUGUUUAAAAUUACAUGUCCAGUGAAUUGUCGACUGCAUUGGAAGUGGAUUUCGAUGAACUGACGGAAGUUCUCGUCAACUUGGACAAGAAGAACUUGGAUCUGAUCAGCGACAACAGGCCGAUCGACGAUUACCAUGUUCUACAGGCUGUCGCCUCAUUUUCCUGUAAACCUCGGAUGGUGAAUGGUCCGCCGCGGAAGUCUUCGGAGGAACAGGUCGACCUCAAACCUCAGUUCGUUCUUUUUUUUUCUGAUGGUUUCUUUUGCUCAUCAAAUUCAUGGCAGAUUCGAACCCUUUCUAAGGUAAACGCAGUUUAAGAAAAUUAGUCCCUUUUCGACUGAACUAAAGAAAUGCACUUCUAAUUAAUCUUGUGAAAGAUAAUAAACGAAUUCUGCGCCUUUGACCACUCUAACAAGGAUUUUCGAAAAAGUUUUGAAAUGACACCUUGGUUUAAAAUUAUGGACCGUUUUUUUUUAUCAGACCAUUUUUACCAGUUUUUGUUGCAAUAUUUCUGAAAAGUUAAGAGGAAUUUGAACAACAACUCUUUUCGUUAUAUUAAAUAGAAUUUCAAUUGUUGAUUCAUCCGUUAAAAGCCGCUUAGAAACUCGAUGUAUCAAAAAUGAUCGAAAUUUCGAUUUUUGUGAACAAUUUUGUAUGAAUUCUUUCAGUCGCGCUUUGUAAGAUUUAAAAAUUUUUUUGUUGUAUUUUUUUCGAAAGUUUUUAAUUCUGGAGAACAGUGUUCCAAGAAAUCAAAAUCAGUCAUUUUCUUCAUAAUUAUGUGAUCUCAGAAACGUACUUCAGCCGUUUUUUCUGUUCUUUUCGACAAUGUUUAAAUUGCUUUAAUUUGUUUUAAAUAAUUUCUAUUGAAUUAUGAAGCAUUCACUCUGCGUGUGUUUUUUUUUUCUCAAUCUUAUUUUCAAUUUUUUUAUCUAUCCCUAGAACUGGAAGGGAUAACAGAGCUUGUGAUUAAUUUAUAGUUAGUUUCUUGCUCUAUGCCCCUUUUUGCAUAAUUCCUCGUUAAUUAUCACAAACCUCACCAUUUUUCGAACAACUGUUUUCAUACUUCAUCGCUAGAUUGGAGCAUGUUUUGGGAUCCUCCUACUACACUUUCUAUUUUUCGCAUUGAAGAAGUGAUCCGCCGGCGAAUGAACUGGAACGUCGACCUCCCGUCGUCACCAUCAUGGGUCACGUCGACCACGGCAAAACGACGCUUCUAGACGCCCUCAGGAACUCUCAGAUCGCCGCCGGCGAGUUCGGUGGAAUCACCCAACACAUCGGAGCCUUCUCGGGUACUUCCCCAGUUUCGCUCACGUUUGACAGAGUCUUUCUUUUCAGUCCAGUUGACCAAGGGACGAAAAGUGACAUUCCUGGACACCCCUGGUCAUGCCGCUUUUGCUUCCAUGAGAGCUAGAGGUUCCCCAUACUUCGAUUCUCCAACUAUAACGCUUUAUCUAGGAGCUCGUGGGGCCGAUAUAGUCGUUCUGGUUGUCGCUGCCGACGACGGCGUCAAAGAACAAACAGUGCAAUCGAUAAAGUCUCCGCAGCUUUUCUUGUCCCUUUUGCAACUUUUUUCCUUAGAUUCGCUCAGGCGGCCGGGGUUCCCUUGGUCGUCGCCGUCAACAAAAUCGAUAAGCCGAACGCUGACCCGGUUUGUUGAAGUCUCAUGACAGAAGCACGGUCCGCUUUCCAGAUGAGGGCGAAGAGAUCGCUUCUGGAGCACGACAUCGUCGUUGAACAGCUUGGCGGAGACGUUCAAUGCGUAGAAGUCUCGGCGUUGCAGUCGAGGAAUUUGCCGGCUCUUCAAGUUUUCAAGAGUUCUUACAAAAUCCAGAAUUGGAAUUCUAGGAAGCUCUUCUGCUCCAAGCGGAUGUUCUCGACUUGAAAUCAACGAAAAAAGGAGCCGUCGAGGCAGUCAUUAUCGAAUCUUCCGUCGUUCAUGGUAAAAUUUCGGAUUAAACUUCGAAAAAAUGAUUUGAAAAACGUUUUAUUUUAUUUUUAUAGGUAAAGAGGUCAUUCAAAAGAACUAAAUUUUUUUUCAAAAUGAAGCUUUUUUUUUCAGUUCGAACUAAACAUUCUUCUAAUCAGAGUUUUACGAAAAAAUCUUCAUUUGCGUUCCAGGGAUCGGAAAAGUGUGCACGUUGCUGGUUUCGCGAGGAACUCUGCGAAAGAACGCGGUUUUGGUCGCCGGAACGAGUUGGUGUCGCGUGAAGACAAUGGUCGACGAACACGGCAAAAACGUCCAGGAGGCCGAUCCAGGGACUCCUGUCAGAGUAUUGAGCCUCGUUUUUUUCCGUUUUGAUGGUUUCCUUCAAGGUCUCCGGAUGGCGCGAAGAUCUGCCCGCUCCAGGAGAUUGGCUGAUCCAAACAGAUUCUGUAGAUCGAGCCCAGAAAGUCGUUUCUUUCCGACAGGAGCAGAAAAUGAAGGAGAAGGCCGCCAGCGACUGGGUUUGUCUUCUCUCGAUCAUUGUAAAAACAAACUUGUUUCUCUGAAAAUUUGAUAGCACCGAUUAUCAACAGAGAAGUCAAGGAUGAACUUGACUUUCACACCUCAGAAUGUAACAGAGAACACUUUUGAAACGAAACCUACCUUUUCUAGGAAGCGACCGAAGAAGAUCGUCUAAAAACCCGAGAAGAAUACCUCAAGAAUCGGCAGUUUCUGCUGAAUCGCGGUCAGAGGUUCAACUAUUCUCUUCGGAGUCGUUUCAUCUAUCAGAAUACCGUUUCAGGUAUGGAUCGACGCUUCGAAACGUUGUGCAUAAACAAAAUCGCAUUGAAAAAGAAGUUGAUAGUGGCGAUCCAAAGCUCAGAUUGAUUGUAUGUUUAUUUCUUUCAUAUUCCAUCAUCUCGAAACGAUUUCGUAGUUCCGAACAGACGUCGAAGGGACGCUGGAAGCGAUUUUGGAGAUUCUGGAGACGUACAAAAGCGAAAAAUGUCAGCUUCAGUUGGUUGAUUUCGAAGUUGGCCCGCCGACGGAGAAGGACGUCGAGUUGGCCAAGGAAACUGGAGGUUUUCUUCUUUUUUUUUUCUUGGAAAACGCUCAGUUUCAGCCAUUUUUGAGUUUGAAUUUAGUAUUUUAAAAGCAUAAUUGUCUGUUUUAAAGCUGAAAACUCAAAAAAAAAUAUCUAGCCAUCCUGUACCUGUUCAACUUGAUGCUGCCACCGAAGCUGCGCGCCUUGGCAGAGAAGGAAUCCGUACGGAUAGAACACUUUAAUGUCAUCUACCGACUCGUUGAGUCGCUGAAGAACGAGCUUUCACUUCGACUUCCGUCUGAAACUGAGCUUCAUCUCGUCGGAGAAGGACACGUCCUCAAGGUGCCGAGUUCGGAAGAAUCCCAUCAACUCUGAUUUGAAGGAGUUUCUGAUUUCGGAUCGAGCGAGAAAACGACAGCCAAUCGCGGGUGUUCUGGUCAAUUGGGGCAAUUUCGAAAAGUUUUCAUUUUUCAUUUCUUGAACGAAUCAAAGCUGUAACUCCAGGAAUUGCAUCUUCAAGUUCAUUCGCGGCGAUUCCGUCGUUUAUGAAGGUGCAGUCGAGUCGAUGAAACAAGGACUGGAAGUUGUCGCCAACGCCAAAACUAACACUGAAGUCCGUUGUGAAAAAAUAAUAAAUGACGAAAGUUCAAUUUGAGGUUGGCAUCGCUUUGGCGGACAAGAACAUCCGAUUUAAAGAAGACGAUCAAGUGGAAGUUUACGAAAAACGAACUGUGACCCAACAAAUUGAUUGGUUCCCGCCAGGAUUCUGA